UCCUGCAGUGAGCCAGUGUUUACAAAUAAUAUGCGCGAGAGAGUAUUAGUCUCUACCUAAAAUCGAGGUUCAGUGUUGGCUCCACGAGGCACAUAACCUCGAAUAUUUUCUCAGAGUGUACAUCGUGCAGAUUCACAGUGAUUCAUACAAUCGAGCGAGUGAUGGAGAGCAAAGAAGGCACAGUUAGAGUGAAGGAAGAACCUAGCGAAACUUGGAGAAACGCAGAUGACCACUAUGUUUUGGAUUCGGUGGACUCUCAUGAAGCCAAAAAUUUUGGAAUGUUGCCGUUUUUUAAGUCACCAGAAAAUCACACGAAUGAGGUUGUUUCGUUACAGAAGGAGUCAGAUGAAAAAAUAUUCACAGAUUUUGAGUGGAAAGAUGUAAAACCUGAACCGACUUCUUUAUCGACGAUCGUUUGUAAAUCCGAGCAUCCAAAUUGUCAAUCUAUUAUAAAAGUAGAAAACGAAAAUCAGAUUAAUGACACAAAUGAAAAAAUCUUGAUAGAUUUUGAGUGCAAAGAUGUUAAACCUAAAUUGAAGUCUUUAUCAACAACCAGCUGCAAAAUUGAGCAUCAAAGUCACCCACAAGUGGUGAAAGUAGAGAAUCAAAUUCAGACCAAUUUAUUGAACGAAAAAUUACUCAAAUCUAGGAAAAUAAGAAUUUUUGAGAAGAGAACUCAUACUAAAUUAUCUUACGAGGGCAAUUUGUGGCCGAAAAUUGAUGAACGAGAAGAAAAGAAGAAAAAUACAAUCCAUAAGAGCAAACCCUUUGAAUGCGAGAUUUGUCAAAAAUCAUUCAGAUACCAAAGCAUUUUAAAAAAUCACAUUAAAGUAGUACAUGAUCGUUGCAAACCCUUUGAAUGUGAGAUUUGUCAUGUAUCGUUUGGAGAAAAGAGUAAACUCAAUAGGCACAUAAUAAUGGUACAUGAUCAGAACAAACCCUAUGAAUGUGAGAUUUGUCAUAAAACAUUUGGACUAAACGGUAACCUUAAUAUGCACAUAAAGAAUGUUCAUGUUCGUAACAAACUCUUCGAAUGUGAGGUUUGUCAAAAAUCAUUUGAACGAAAAAGUACCCUCGAUAAACACACAACAGCAGUACAUGAUCGGAGCAAACCCUUUGAGUGUGUUAUUUGUCAUAAAAAAUUUGGACUGUAAGGUAACCUUACUAUGCACAUUAAGAAAGUUCAUGAUCGUAUCAAACCUUUCGA